AUGGAGCGUCGAGUGAAGCACAUGGAAACCGUUUGCCGAGAGACCACCCGCUCUAUAGAUGGCAGCAGUGCCAGGACAGGCUUUCCCCCAUUCCUUUAUGUGGAUGAUAAGCACCGUCUUAUUAUGUGCUCAAUGCCUAAAGUCGGCUGCACCAAUGGAAAACGCCUACUUUACGCGUUAACAGGAAACGUGGAUAUGAAAAAGUUCCACAAUUUUGGAUCCGAUAAGCAAGUAUUUGCUUACAACCGUUACCUUCCUCGACUGAGUCAGUUUUCUCCGUUUGGAGCUAAAUUACGGUUGGAGACCUAUUUGAAGGUGAUCGUCGUUCGUCAUCCAUUGGAGCGCCUGGUAUCGGCCUACAGAGGUAAACUGGAAGGUAAAAGUAGCACCAUUACAAGGGAAGCUAUAUAUAUUGCCAAGGGGUUUGAAACCAACCCGACGCCAGGUAUGUUAACUGGGAAAGAAGGUGUCUCGUUUCAGGCUUUCAUUGAUUAUCUCAUCUCUCUUGACCCAAACAAAGCUUAUAACCCCCAUUGGGAAAGCUACAUUAGAUUAUGUGAUCCAUGUCAGAUUCAUUAUGACGUCAUCGCCAAACUGGAAUUUCAAGGCACAGAUCUUAACAUGAUGCUGAAGCUGAUAGGAAUGGACGACAAGUUGACGUAUCGUCAAGGUGAUUUCCCGGCCUCUUCCUCUGCAGUCUGGAAGAAAUAUUUUACUAAAAUAUCUCAAAGUGACAUCAGGAAAAUAUGGCAACAUUAUGAACUUGACGCUCGUCUUUUUAAUUUUACACUAGACUGGUACUGA